CGGUUCCGGCUUCCUGGAGGGAAUCUGGGCCUCUCCCGCGGCGGUGCUGGCGGCGGCGGCGGGACUGGUAGCAGCGUCGCUCUCCUUGCUGGUGCUCGUGCUGGGCCUCUCUGGAGCGGCGCUCUCCCUGAUCGUGGCAGCGGCGGCUGCAGGGGCCUGGAUAGUCUCCUCGGGGUUAGGCGGCGGCAAGGACCGGAGGGGGACCCCCUUGCUGACCCACCGCACCCCCUUCGCUGCCAAGAGCAGCGAAGCGGUCCUCGCCAACGGGGGGCCCUCCAUGAGCUACUCCUCGCCCGGGCUGCUCGUGCCUGAAAGGAGGCGGCGGCAGAUUUGCGGGGAACACCUGAGUCCAUCAACUCAUUUUAUGCCCACUCCUCGUCGGCGCUAUCCUAUCCAGCAGGCCCAGUAUGCUGCGUUGGGAACCCUACCUUCAAUUUGCUGGGAUGGCUAUCGGCGGAAAAACAGGCUAUCCAUUCACCAUUCUAGCAUGGCCCACAGCCCUGUGACAGUGAAGAUUGCUCGGCCAGACAGCAACAUUGGCUGUUCCCCACUGUUGGAGCAGUUGGUUUCUCCUGUGGCUUUCUCUUCAGCACCUAACACUAUCCUGGAUCCAUGUGCAAAAGAAACUGUCUUGAAUGCUCUCAAAGAGAGCCGGAAGAGAGCUGUGGAGGAAGAAGAGGAGGACCAGAACUUUCCAGGUGGUCAGGAAAACAAGAAGAGACGCCAUGAUAGUACUGGAAGUGCUCAUUCGGCAUUUGAGCCCUUGGUGGCUAAUGGAGCACCUGCAUCUCUUGUCCCCAAGCCUGGGUCUCUGAAGCGGGGACUCCUUUCUUCCCACUGCCUAGAAGAUUGCUCCUCUAAGAGAUCGCGCACCUCUUCCCUCAGUUCUGUGAAUAGUCUGUCUGUGGGUGGAAUACCAAGCUCUAUCCGCAAUGCUAUUGCCAGCUCAUACAGCUCCACCAGAGGUCUCUCACAGCUCUGGAAGAGAAGGGGGCCAAGUACCUCUCCUCUUUCCAGCCCAGCAUCUUCUCGGUCUCAAACACCUGAAAGGCCUAACAAGAAAGCAAGAUAUCCCAGCUCCAGCAUCACCGAAGAAGAGCCUCAGAAAUCCAACACACAAACGCCCGUGACAGCAGACAAAGAGAUGCAGGAAGAAAAGAUUUCAGAAUCACCCUUGCAGAAUAAACGCAACUAUGUGACUUCACUAUCUUCAUCAGGAAGCAAUGGCAAGCGCAAGCGGAAGAUUCAGCUACUUUCAGCUCAUCAUGGAGAUAAUUUCACCUUGCCUCCACCACCUCAGCUGGGCUAUCCAGUCACCCCAGAGGACUUGGAUGCCGAGAAGAAAGCAACAUUACAGUGGUUCAACAAAAUCUUGGAAGAGAACAUUGAUUCCACUCCAAGCCCACCUGUGGAGACCACCUCUUCACCCCAAACCUUGAACUUUUCCCUGAUGUCUGGCAAGCCAACCCCCGUAUCAUUGCCCGUCUCUACUGCAACGACCAAUCCUCUUCUGGAGAGCCUGAAGAAGAUGCAAGAUGUAAAGAGCUCUUCAGUACAAGCAGCCAAUACAGUUCCAGGGGCUGCAGAGACUCCUCAGAUACCAGCCUUCUCUGCCUCAUUGGAUUCGAGCUCCUCUGUGCCGGUGACAUCUCCUGAGGUAGCGAAGCCUCUGACGCUCAACGUACCUGUUUCCCUGUCUGCUGCUGCUCCUUCUUCAGGCACUGCCCUGCCCACUAGCAGCACAGACAGUGUGGUGACAGCUUCUUCUGAUCUGGGCCACACUCCAGCCAGGCCCUCGUCUGCUCCAAAGCCGAGCAUCCUCUUUGGGAUCCUCACCAGUCCUCCAGCCGACAAACCCCCAGCUGCAACGACACCAUCUUCUUCUGCACCCAGUACAGUGCCUAUUUUCAAACCAGUGUUUGGCAGCCCAGCAAAAAGUGACAACUUUGGCUUCUCCACAAGCAGCACCUCAGUGGUUCCUGCCACUGUGCCAUCUGAGACUACGCCUUCUUUGGCACCUCCUGUCCCUCCCAGCAGCACAUUCAAACCCAUCUUUGGAUCGCUGUCCACACCGGCAACGACUGUUCUGCCUACAACUGCAUCAUCUUCUCCCUUCACAUUCAGUCAGUCUCCUCAGCCGGCAGCAUCAUCUGGGCUUCCUGCCGUUAAUGCCUCCAGCAGUUUAGGGUUCCCUGUUCUCUCGGAAGCCACUAUGACCACCUCAGUGUCACCCCCUGGAACAGCAAGUGUGACGUUUGUCUCCAUGAGCAAACCAGUGUUCAGUUUUGGGCCUGGCAUUCCAUCCUCUGCCGCUACCCCCAGCAGCAGCAGCAGUGCCACUACUGCCACGGUUGCCUCCACAUUGGCAUCCCAGCCCUUGCUCUUUGGGGCUGUGCCCAAUGCCAGCACAGCUGCCAUGCCUCUUUUCCAAUUUGGCAAGCAAGCUGCACCCACAGGCCCCACUGUCAAUCUCUUGGCACCUUCCAGCACCACUGAGCCUGUUCCCAGCAUUGCUGCUGCUGCCGCCGCCGCUGCCGCCGCCACCACCACCAGUACUUGCUUCAGCAUUUUUAGUGGCAGCAGCAACAGUUCCACGCAGGCCUCUUCAGCACCAUCAGCCACCACACAGCCUCCACUGACAUUUGGGUCCUGCACCUCUGCAUUCAGCGGCACCUUUGGGGCUGCCUCAAAACCACCCCCUCCAUAUCCCGCAGUCACAAGUCAGCUGGCUUUUGAUGCAGGUGUCCCUGAGGGCCAGCCAGCAGCUCUCAAGCCACCAGCAGCAGGACCACUGAACUUUGGGACUCCUUUCAGCUUCACUGGCUCAGUAGCCCAACCUGCAGCCCAGACAGCGUUUGGUAGCACUACGCAGACCCCUUUUGGAGGGCCUAGUCCUUUGACAUCCUUUGGAGCCAAAAGUACUUCCCAGCCAGCAUUUGGAGUUGCGUCGUCCAUCUUUUCCUUUGGGACAGCCACCACGUCCAGCACUCAGACUACGAGCAGCAGCACAGGAAGCUCUGUAUUUGGAGGUUCAGCCCCAGCUCCAUUCACCUUUGGGGUGUCGAAUCAGCCAGGGGUAGCAGGCAGCGCCUUUGGCGUUGGUGCCAAUGCUACCGGCACAGGAGUGCCUACGGUUGGAUUCAGUUUUGGCAGUGGGCAGAGCGGAGCUGCAGAGGGAGUGACACCCUUUGGAACUUCCUUGGCACAAAACCCUCUGGGUGCCCAGAACCAAAACUCUGCCUUUGCUUUCAGCAUCCCAAGCACACCUGAGAGCAAGCCAGCAUUCGGAGGAACUCCCACCCCCACAUUUGGACAAAGUACACCUGCACCAGGUGGUGGCACAGUAGGGAGCUGCAACCUUUCCUUUGGAACACCCAUCACCCCCACCUUUGGAGGAAUGGCACCUGCUGCUUUUGGGCCAGCAACACCCACCUUCUCCAUUGGAGCCGGAUCCAAGACAGGAGCCCGCCAACGGCUGCAGGCCCGGAGGCAGCACACUCGUAAAAAGUAACCAGGAGCAGCUUCCUGCCUGGACUUCAACUCCCAGUUGAUCUGCUGACAGACCCUCCUAGUCAUACAACGCAAGGAAGACUUAUUCUGGUGUACAUCCUCGGCGGGACUGUCCUGGGAGUCUCUUCUCUGUAACAACCACAGGAAGCUAUUCUGGAUCAGAGUGAUUUUUACCCCUUCGAAUGGGAUAGGAGAAACCAAGCCCUUUUUACUUGAACAGUCUAUGGCUGAGUCUGGAUGAAAAAUUUGUACAUAUCCUCUAUUUUCCCUUCUCCAUGUGGACCUCUCCCAUUAAUCUUCCCUUCUUUCUCUGACCUUAACUUCAUUCCUUUUUGGCUGCCUAGUGAAGGGAGUAGGGUGUUGGGGAAAGUGUUUGGCUUGCAGCCAUCUAAAUGUUUCUGACUGAAACCAACCGUUAGUUCCCGUCCUCAAUUUCUUCCCUCAUUGGAAGCCUUUUCCAGGGAAUCUUCAGGGCAUCCUUGAUCCAAAUUCCCAUCAAAACCUAGUCCAAGGUAAGACCCCUCUGUCCCAUUGGGAUAGCCACCGUCUUGCCAAGGCUUCUGGCUUCAUGUGAUUUUAUCUUGGCUCUGAGUUGGAACGCUAAUCGUUGUUAGCUGUGGCUACAGAGCCUAACAACAGAGAAGUGGUUGAACCUGAACGCUACCCAGAGUCGCUUUGUGUGAGAUGGGUGGCUAUAUAAAUGUGACAAAUAAAUAAAGAAGAAACCUGGAGAAAUGUCUUAGAAUCAGAGGUCCAGAGGGAUCUCCCUCACUUGUAUGCUGCUCCGUGAGCAUCUGGCGAGGGAGACAAUGCCACUCACCACUGCUGCUUUUCAGUUAUGCAGCCUUUCCUUUCCCCCUGCCCUCCCCCCUUUCAAAUGUCUGUGUUUUGCUCACAGUAUGUUUGUGUUCUUUUUUUUUAUUGCUCUGUGAAUUGAGUUUGGAGGAAGAAUUGAAUUGUAUGCGUGGCGGCAUGUUGGUAAUGCCGGACUUGUUGUAAACAUUUUUCAGGGUGCCUGUCUCCAACGGAGACGAACCCUGCUUAAUUGGGUGUGGACAGUCACUGCAUGGCUACAUGUGCUGAAUGAACUGAAGUGUGAAGACUUCUGCUUGGAAGGCUGGAAGUGCCAACUUGGGUCUGUAGCCAAGACCUUCAGAGGAAGGCAGGAAAGGCCACCUCCCUGAUGCUUUGUGGCUCCAGGACCUUGUGGAAAGUUCUUAUUCUGUGCUGGGCCUCGGAGUAGGGAGGAACAACAUUUCUGUGGUGGAAGAGUAAAAUCUUAAGCCCUGUGGGGCUCUGGCUGAAAUCUGAUUUUUUUUUUU